GUUCCAUCCCCUUUUAAAUUCGAUUUAACCCGAAAACACAAAAUGGAGUUGGCAAUUCUAGGCCAGACGCGCUUGUGUUAUUAGAUUUGUAUCCUUCUUUUGAUUAUUCAUGCAAAUAUAAAACUAUUUACGUUACAAUAUUAAUGAAAUAAUAACAUGGCACGUAAUAAGUCACCAUCAGCUUCGUCGGAUAAAGAGAAAAAGAAAAUAAAUAAAGAGAAUAAAAAGAAGAAAGGUGAUUCGGGAUCCAGUAGCAGCGAUAGUAGUGGAAGUUCAUCAGAGAGCAGUUCGUCACGAUCAUCUUCACAUUCAUCAUCAAGUAGUUCAGGCAGCUCCUCUCGAUCGUCUUCAUCUUCAAGUUCUUCUAGUAGUAGCAGCAGUAACCAUGAUCGUACAAGACCAAAGAAGAAAACUGGCGAUGUUCAUAAUAAAAGUCCUAUAAAGGAUAGACGCGAACCAGAUAGGGAUAAAAUAAGAGACAGAUCGCCUUUGGGUGAUAAGAAGAAAUUAUCAGCACCACCUAACGAUAAAGUAAAAACCAAGGACAAGCAUGACAGAUCACCAGCACGUAAAAAGCGCGAACGUUCCCCUCCCCCGAGACCAACACGUAUCCAUAUUGGAAGGCUUUCAUUAAAUGUAACUCGGGAUCAUAUACAUGAAAUAUUUUCGACAUAUGGUAGUGUGAAGGCUGUAGAGUUCCCAAUGGAUCGACUGCAUCCCCAUAAUGGACGUGGUUAUGCUUAUGUGGAAUUUAGCAAUCCGGAUGAAGCAGAAAAUGCAAUGAAACACAUGGAUGGAGGACAAAUCGAUGGGCAAGAGAUCACCGCGGCUCCGGUGUUGGUGCCAUCGCGGCCCCGGCGACCGUCACCGCGCCUGCCGCCGCCGCGACACGCGCCGCCUCGACGACACUCUCCACCAAGGUACCGCCGCCGCAGCCCGCCGGCGCGCCGCCGCUCGCCGCCACGUCGCCGCCGCUCGCGGUCGCGAUCACCACGCGCGGCACCCCGCCGCCGCCGCUCCAGGUCCUCCUCCUCCUCCUCCCGUUAACUCCUCCACACAAACAUACACGUGACCACUCAUAUACACAACCAUAUACAUACAAUCACAGAUACACACAAAUACAACAGCAAUAUAAUAGCUAUUCUAAGGAGAUCAUCAUUCAUUAACCCCAAUGAUCAAUUCCAGAAACAUCUGGGAGGUAAGUAUUAUCCGUUUCCUGUAUUUUAUCUGAAAAUUUAUAUGAUCUGCAAGGUAGUAGAGGUUCUGAGGUAAGUAGUGUUCUGUCGGUUUAUGUGCAAGGAAGUCGUGUUUAACCGAUAUUAAUGGGACGUUUUUGUUACAAAAGCUUGCAAAAUGGAAACGCAACAUAAUGGGCGGUCGUGCAGAUGGACGAAUUCACAUAAAAUAGUGAACUGUUAAUGUAAUUAAUAUUAUUUUAUUAUUUGUAAACCAGAAGAUUCUUGACUUUGUCAAUAAAUUGUAAUAGUAA